AUGACCGUCAACACGCCAGAGAUGGUGGCCUCAAAGGGGGCACUACAGUCCAGCACAAUCCAAGAGUACUUGGCCCAAUGCACGCAUAGGGAAGACAAGGUGAUGGCCUUUCAGCGCGUUGGGGCCGACUUGUCAUAUUACACCCCUCACCAGAUUAUACGGCUAGCACACGAUGCGGCCACGUUCUAUCAGCACCGCGGAAUCCCGCGGCGAGAAGACGGUGGCGAGCCGAAAGUUAUUGGGCUACAGGCAAGUUCGACAAUCGAAUGGGUCGUCACCUUUGUCGCCGUGCUACAGAUGGGCCACACGAUCUUCGCCGUCGCGCCAACGCUCUCCGAGGAAGUAACCGCAAAGCUUCUGGAGAAGGCUGCCUGCAGAUAUUUGAUUAGCGAGUCGUUUGGCCCAGGCAACUCUCAACUGCCGGCACAGACCAUCCCCCUAGCUUCCGUGGAGGAAGUAUCCGCGGAGAAGGCAUCGACAAAGAGCACCGGCAAUGCAGACAGGAGCAGCGACUGGGCAACGACAGGGGCGAGCGAAGUCGCCUUCAUCGUGCACUCAUCCGGUACCACGGGUCUGCCCAAGCUCAUCCCAAAGACUCAUCGCGAGCUGAUGAUGGCGCUCAACUCGCUGCCGCCAAGUGCUGGGCUGUCCGUGUUCGUCGGCUCCUCGUUUUACUAUAUGGUCGGCAUCUUCACUGUGCUGAUGUCGUUCAUGAAGACCCGGCCGGCCUUCUACGCCAACGAGACGCUGCCGCUCUCUUCGGAGAACUACAGACAGCUUCUCGAGGAAGCAAGGCCGAAUAUUGCCUACUUCGUCCCCUUUCUCCUCAGCACAGUCGUAUCUGACGAGAAAAGCAUCGAUAUACUCGCGCAAUGCAUGAUGGUGGCCGUCAUCGGAGGCGUCUUCCCCAAGCAGCUCGGCGACAAGCUGACCAAGCGGGGAGUGCGGCUCACAAACGAGUACGGCAUGUCGGAAGUGGCGUGCGGCAUGAACUCGGCCACUCGGCCGCCAGGCGACGAGGACUGGGAAUACGUUGAGCCCAGCCAGUUCAACAAGCCGCACAUGGCAUUCCUGCCACUCGACGGCGACGACAGUGCCGGCGCCAGCAGCAGCGACGGCGAGCAGCUUUAUGAGCUUGUCAUCCUGCCCAGUCACCCGCUCCAGGACAAGCAGUGGGCCAACCGCGAGGACGGCUCCAUUCACACGGGUGACCUCUUCCUCAAGCACCCAACGCUGGAGCGGUGGAAGCCCGUGGGUCGACGGGACGACGUCGUCAAGACGUAUCCGGGAGACGACCUGGUGUGCAUCAACGCCCUUCCCUACGAGGAGGCAAUCAAGCUGGCCAACAGUGACCUUGUCGAUGAAGCCGUGGUCUUUGGCGAGGACCGGCCAAAGCCCGGCGUGCUGGUCUUCGUCAAGGCAGGCUGCGCCGUGUCGGAUCGCGACAUUCUUGGCCGCGUCUGGAAUGGCAUCGAGCGCGAUAUCAAUGGUACGUUCAAGGUGGGAUUGGACAAGGAGAUGGUAAAGCUGGUGCGCGGCGCGACCGUGCCUCGGACGGCCAAAGGGAGCGUGAUCCGGGCGCAGGUGUACUUGAGGUUUGAAGAUGCGAUUGAAAGUGUGUAUUCUAAGGAAGGAUAG